UCGCUUUGCUCCACCUCCAGAAACGAAUUAUAACCAAGAAAUUAUACAUUUUUGGAGAUUAAUUACUUCUCGAGUGCCUGUAAUUGAUUUUAACUCUAACAGCUUUGUUUCUGUACUUACUAAAUUUUACAGAAUCAUCUUUAAAUCAUGGCAGAUGAUGGUGAAAAUGUAUCGGUAAUGACUGUGAAGGAGCCUUUAGAUCUCAUACGGCUAAGCUUAGAUGAAAGAAUAUAUGUCAAAAUGCGUAAUGAACGAGAACUUCGUGGCAAAUUGCAUGCUUAUGAUCAACAUCUAAACAUGGUCCUUGGGGAUGCAGAAGAGACAAUAACAACUGUGGAGAUUGAUGAAGAAACAUAUGAGGAAGUCUACAGAACAACAAAGCGGACCAUCCCCAUGUUAUUUGUAAGAGGCGACGGUGUCAUAUUAGUCUCGCCACCAAUCCGAGUUGGAGUAUAAGUAAGAACAAAUAAAACAUAAAUUAAG